CCUUUUCAAAUUCCAUCUGAAGCAAACAGUCUAGAUUCCGCUUUUGAUAUCCUGCAAAUUGUCCAGCCUUUUCGAAAAAUCCGUAACUUUUCGUAUGUGUUCCAUAGUCGCACGUGCAAGGAUGUUUUGUGCAGGAAUAGUGCAGCGUAGACUGAGCAUGGGUCUCAAUCAAAAACUCGGCCUGGCGCCCAGGAAGCUCUACUCCGAGGAGAAGAAGCCCCCGGGUGUUUUCCUGUGGGGCGGCGGACUUGGCAAGCUGCAGGGCGGUCUCAAGGAGGAGGAGUACUUCAUUUCGCUGACCCAGACCCUCGUGGGCAAGAUGCCGGUCAAGAAGGAGCCCGGCGACUACCUGCCCAACUGGGACGAGUUCCAGAAGACCCUGGACCACGCCUCGCUGGGCAGCACCUCCUCCUUGAACAAGCACAAGAACGUGCUCGAGGAGGCCUUCUUCCUGGACAAGACUGCAGACGACAUCAAAGUAUUGCACGAUCGUGCCCCAGAAGAACUCAAAUCUCGCCAUACUGCCACAGAACUGGAACUCGAAUCAGAUCCCCAGAACACCAGAUAGUUAGUUGUUUAUGUUUAAAUGCCAUACACCGAUUUCUUCAGGCGCAUCAUCAUCAUAAUCACCCAACUUAUCCACAUGGCACGGCUCAAUAAAAUUGUUAGUUGCAAUCUUUCAGGAAAGUU